AUGCAGCGGCCGCAAUUGAGUUGCCGGGGAGAGGCAGCGAGGAUGCAGCGGCGGAAGCAGCCCCCAGUGCCCGGCGCGGGGAAGGAGCCUACAGCCGCGGUGGGCGCGGAGGGGGCCCCGCCCCGACAUGCCGUGCUGGAGUCUGCGCUUGUGAAGAAUCUCAAGAAGCAAAUCACGUGCCUCGAGAUGGAGGUGGCCGUGCUGAAGGGAAGCUCGAAAACGCUGCCGGAGCUGAACGGAGCCACCACAGGUAACACGUGCGCUGCUGAUGCAGCGGCACGGGGCUUGGGCUCCGCGGCCGCAGAUACGGCCCCCACCGCCGCCCACGCCCGCGUGCACCCUUCCACGCUGUGGGACGACGCCGGUGAGAAGGAGGCGCGGCGACGGGAGUCUCUCCAGAGUGCGAAUGCGGCAUCGCUUCAGUUCACCGCGCAGCGCCUCCGCCUCGACAAAGAGGCACUUGAGGUGCGUCUGCGGUGCGAGCAAGAGGAGAAGCAAAAGUUGUCAAUGGAAAACGCCCGUCUGCUCCUGGCACUUCGUGAGAGCCGUGGGAAGGGGGAGGAGGCCCAUAGGCGCCUGGCCGAGGCGCUGAGUGCCCUCAACACGGAGCAGGGGAGACGACGGGAGGUGGAAGACAAACUGCGCGUCCCGCCGCCCGCGGAGGGGGACGCGGAGUGCAGGGAGGAUAUUUUUAGCGAAAAGGAGUACUACCGCGUCCAAACAGAUCGGCUGCGGGUUGCCCAGCAAGACGGCCUUGUCUGCAUCGCAGAACUGGAGAAACAGCUGAAAACAGAACGGGCGCGGGCUGCGGAGGCAGAGUCGCAGUUGUGUGCUGCGCUGGAGGAAGUCCGGCGGCUAAACAGCUUAGCUGCGGAAAGGUCUAGCGUGUACGAGAGCUUGGACAAAAGCUACGCAGGAAUGUGCACACUUUUGCAAAUGGCCGUGGACGACUGCGACGCACUUCAACAUCAGCUACGACAGCGUCAGCCAGAUGCGUUCUCGCCUGCCUCAUCGGUUUCCAUUACUGAAACUUUGCGUGGGCUGGAGCAGAUAUCCUCCGCCCUGAAGAAAGAGGUUGUGGAGGGAGUGCGUCGUGCGGACGGUGGAAAGGCAUUAGACGAAGAACGUUCCCUGUGCGGUCUUGAUAAGGCAACGUUUUCCUCCCCACCACCCGCAGCCGCAGUGCCACCACCACCCGCAGCCGCAGUGCCACCACCACCACCCGCAGCCGCAGUGCCACCACCACCACCCGCAGCCGCAGUGCCACCACCACCCGCAGCCGCAGUGCCACCACCACCACCCGCAGCCGCAGUGCCACCACCACCCGCAGCUACUGCCGUAACGUCGGUGAGUGCUCAUGAGCCACCCAAAAUACAAGAAACCUCUUUGCGUGACGCAAUAGAUGAUGAGCUGGAGAAUAUUGAACGUAGAAUUCGCGAGGAAGAAGCAUCGUUGCUUGCCUACCUCAACUCACGGUAG